AUAUAUUUAUAAAAUAUGAAUACAUAAGGCAAGGAAGCCCAGGGAAGCUAAUAAGCCUUAUGCAAAGGACAGUCUUAAAGAUACCUAAGAGAAUAAUUAGGUCUUGAUAGACAUGCCAGCCGACAUAAUGAGCAGGAGUGAGUGAGUGAGUGUGAGACGUAAAACUAAAUUCUCACAACUGCUGUCCCGUAAGAGGAAGUUUACGUAAUUAAGACUUAAACUGCUUGAUACGAUUCAGAUAUUACAAUAUUUCAGUUUAAACUCAGUGUAAGCUAGAUUUGAGGAACAGUGGUUUUAGAAAACACUGACUGAUUUUGACACCAAGGAUCGAAUAUGACCCAGCCUGUGGAGGCUACAAGAUACAAGACUCAACCGCUUGAAGACACACUUGCUAACUUCAUAAUUCGAUACCGACCUCCUUAUACAGUCCAAGUGUUGGAGGGAGUUGACAGUCCAACAGGAGCGUGUUCGCUCUCAUUGAAUGAAAUAAUCACAGUUCACACAGUUGUGCGGUUAAAGCGAAUCAAAGUGAAGAAUUCGAAAGGCGGGUAUUUUUUCUUGCCUGUAGACAACUCGGCCAGAGUCGAGAUAGUUCCCAAAACACGCACGCGGCAGAGUAAAGGUGGGCUACGUUCGCACGCUCGACGCUCAGUCAUGAUCACGUUUCUGCGCACCCUUACAGAAAUCCCUGAGCUGAAUCUAGAAGAUGGAGAUAUUCUGGAACCAAUCGUGGCUGAAACUCCGCGGGGAAAGAAAGCAGGACCUGAAACUUUAACAUGUAAGAUUCUUCGUAAGCCCGAUAGGGAAAUACGAUUGCCACUUGAUUAUGUUAUGCCUUUCGAGUCGUUUGAAGAGUUCGACCCAAGGCGCUACUCUUUGAGGUACGUCGCUGAUAACAUUGCUUUUCCCGUUGCUGUGCGGUUUAUCGGAGACGUAAAGUUCAGCCCAGAGGCUAGGAUAGCCUUAAAAGGAGAGUUUCGCUUUGAAGAAAUAGUGGAAGAGUCCAUUGUGAUCGCAACCACGGAACUACGCGACCAGUUUACCAUACUGAAGCUCCCAGUUGAUCUUCAAGUCACCGUAUUUCCGAUCAGAAAGCUCCGUUGCAAUGCAGAGUACAUAAGGAAAUAUUGGGAACGUCUACAGCCGGAAAUUGACAAGCUUGAAACGCAGAUUACAAGUGUGAAAGACGACUUGCUACCCACGAGCUAUUUUCAAGAGAACGCACUUUCAGCUGGGCUAGAGGAAAGUGGGGAUACUGGUUAUCACAAAGCAGUGGAUGUCUCCAUUGUUAAUGAAUACGUGUCUCCACUAGAAGGAGAUGGGCAUGUUUACGAAGCUAUAAGCCCCUCUUUUUCAGAUAGGCAAGACCAGUGCUUGCAAGUGCUAGAAGAAACUGAAGAUUAUUACGAGGCAAUGGAACUCCCCACCACAAGGAAGGUCUGUGAAUACAUGCCAGUUCCAGGAGAAGGUGAGGAUGACUACGUGGCCGUGGAAACCUCCAUCGCGCGGAAGCUCGACGAAUACCACAUGUCACUUCUGGACAGGUGUGAGCAUGUUUACGAAGCAAUGAAACCCUCGCACGCGCACAAGUUCAGCGGGGGCCUGCCGUACUCAAGGGCUAGGAGCUGUGAACGUACCGACAGUAAAAUUACUCAAGGCUACGGAGAAAAAUCACUUAAUUCAUCUGUUGCUUCUUUCCCACAAGACAGCGCUUCCAUGGAGAGUAGGGAAACUGCAAGAUCAAGCAGAAAGGAUUAAAACUGAAUUGGCUGCGUUACACAUUUAGUAUUUUACUCCAGAUGGCUAAACAGACCUUUCUUUUCUCACUACAUAAUAUAUCAUUAUAAUCAAAUGGUGACGAGUAAAAUUAGGAUAUAAGUUCCGGGUGCGUUUUGUCAAAGUUCGUAUAAUUUUCCGAGCCUUUACGCGAGGGAAAUUAUAAUAAUUUUGACCAAAAGCUAGCGAAACUAUUUCCUAAUUUUACGAGUAUGCCAUUCGGUUACCUUUCAUCGUCGGUGACAAAUUACGCUUACAAUUGUGGGCUUUUGGUUUGUUUAUUUUAUCGAUAAAUUUCGCGUCAUACGUUCCAUUUGUAAUUUCACAUGUGAAAUUAUAAAUUAGCGCUGAAAUUUCGCGCCAAAAUUAAGGAGUAAUUUGUCACCCAUGAUACAAAUGAAACGUUAAAGAGAAGAACAGCUUACAUGUAGGUUAAAAAUGAAGCAACAAGUGCAAAUGACUUUUAAAACAAACUUAUAUUGCAGUUUUGGAUUCAUAUCUUGUGUUUUUUUACAAAAUGUCGUCUCUAAUUACUUCGCAUCGCUGGGAAUAUCAGCUGAUAUCCUGAAUCCAUUGGUGGAUUGUUUUCAUCGAUUGGCAGGUUAAAUAUUUGGUAAAAUAAAACGUUUAGAUGAUUUACGUUGGCCCAAUAUGGCAAACUAUGCAAGUCUACAAUUUUUUGACAAUUUCUCCGAAGAGAAUGUUAAUGGGGCCGGAAAGAUCCAGCUAAGAGUAUCACUUGACCUUAUAAACUGAUCCAGCUCAGAGCUUUAUAGAUUAGAAGUUUGGAAUUUAAUCAUCCGUAUUACAUCGUAUUAUAACAGUUUUCCCGGAAUUACUCCUUUUCUUCAAAAUGAUCUGAUAUUUAGAGAUGAUAUGCAUUUUAUUCAAGCCUUUAAUUCUCCCUGAUAUAAUGAUGACCGAGACAUCGCUUAAUAAUAUUAAAUGUAAAUGAGUCAAUCUGUAUUCACAGGUUUUUUUUACCUAUAAUUUCGGACAAGUCACAUUGAACGAAGUAUUCAGUGAAAUUAAAAACUCCUAGACAGCGCGAAUUACAGAUAGGAAUUCCAACAAAAUUCUCAGGACCGGUUUAUUUCAACGUUCCCAGUCAUUUGAUUGUCGCAAAGCCAUAGACAAAACGAUACACUGGGAAAAAUAUACCCCGGGCUACUGAUAACAAUGAAAAAGAGGGAACAAACAUCUCAAAAGUCAACUACUGCGUGAGAGCAGCUGAAAUCUGUUAUUUUUAUCUAUGACAAGUCCUUGCCAAUUCUUGACAUUUUUAUAGACCUAAGUUUAGAACUGAGUGCAUUAAUGCAUUCGCAUGUUCAGUUAAUAAGUGACAUAAGGCACAAGUCGCCUCAAUUCCUUGUCAGACAACAGGCCCCUUUACAAGAUUGCAUAAAUAAGGUCCAGUAUCGGUUUUUGCUCUCAUUAAGUAAUAUUGCGCUCUGUCUGAGUUGAAAGUGGACCGCUUAGCACAAAAGGUAAUCUCAGUUAGACUCCGCACGAGUUACCAAUAAAACUAAUGUUUACAGAAUAAAGUGG